AUUUUAGAGUAAGUGCUAGGUACAACACGCAAACACCUCAAUUAGUACAAUACAAAAUACGGUUUAGUCACAAUGUGAAUCGGAGUAAAACGGAUCUCAGUACACACACAACACCUGCAUGCCCAGCGUUCAUUAGCAAUAGGGAAAUCAAUGAGUGACAAACCCUGGUCACAAGAUUACAAUCCAUCGAAAUCGCGACUACGAACAAAAGAUUUUGGACUGGCCCAAUCGUCGCCUCACUCCGCAUAUGUCUUUCCAAGCGUAAACUUAUUCGUCUCCGUAUCAGAGGGUCAACUGGUAGUCAAUUGAGCUCACACAAUUAACCCACGAAGGCAAUCAGUUUUUCGGGUAUAGCUGCACUUGAGUCCAAAAAUGGCAGAGGGCGACCAUACCGAUCAAGUGGAAAGAACCGAACUUCCAGCUCCGAUGAUUUCCCGCAAGGAGGUCAGUAUCUGGGCCAUCCUGAAGAACUGCAUUGGCAAGGACCUGAGCAAGAUCACCAUGCCAGUCAUGCUCAACGAACCGCUGAGCUUCCUCCAGAGACUCUGCGAGUACAUGGAGUACGCGGAACUCCUCACGGAAGCUGCCCACCAGGAAACCCCGGCGGAACGGAUGAAAUACGUAGCGGCCUUUGCCGUAUCAGCAUUAGCCUCAAACUGGGAGCGCCUGGGAAAACCAUUUAAUCCACUUCUUGGUGAAACAUACGAGCUGCAAAAGGGCGACUAUCGAAUUGUCUGCGAGCAAGUUUCUCAUCAUCCUCCAGUUUCUGCAUUUCAUGCGGAAUCGAAAGACUUUAAGUUUCACGGCACCAUUAACCCAAAAAUCAAGUUUUGGGGCAAGAGUGUUGAGGUGAACCCCAAGGGAACAGUCACCAUUGAGUUUCCAAAAUGGAACGAAUCUUAUAGCUGGACUAAUGUCAAUUGCUGUGUUCACAAUAUAAUUGUGGGCCGACUGUGGAUAGAGCAAUAUGGAAAGAUGGAAAUCAUCAAUCACUCCACUGGCCAUGUGGCAAGUCUCACCUUCAAAUCCGCCGGAUCGGGAGCCAAAAACUUGCAUCGCGUUGAGGGAUUUGUUAAGGAUGCUAGUGAAAAAAAUAUUUACUUCCUGUAUGGCAAAUGGACCGAGUUUAUCAAAUGCUGUUCUGCCGACUCCUACAUCCAGUAUCUGAAGCAGGGAACCCGAAAGAAUGACGAUUGUGAGGGUUCGCCGAACGGAACGCCUAAGAAAAUGUUCUCGAAAUUAAAUAGCUUCAAGCUGAACUCAUUCCGCAGCCUAUCCAUUCAAGAUAACGAUAGCUACCCACCGCUCGAGCAAGAGGGUGACAUACCAAAGAGUGAUUCUGCAUAUUCAAUUGACAUACCAGACUCCACGACACUAUGGAGCUGUAAGCCCAGACCUUCAAAUUGUAACGAGUAUUACCAGUUUACGCAUUUUGCGAUGCAGCUUAAUGCUAUGAAUAAUAGUAUGAAACCACCGCUAACACUAUGCCCUACCGAUUCGCGACUGCGACCUGAUAUAUUACACUUAGAGGAGGGAAACUUGGAUGGUGCGUCCAAGGAGAAAACACGUCUCGAGGAGAAACAAAGGCACACACGGAAACAAAGGAAAUCCACCAGUAGCGAUGAAUGGACUCCCAGGUGGUUUAAAUACGUAACUAACCCUUAUACCAAAACCGACGAUUGGCUAUAUAGUGGAGGCUAUUGGGACCGCAAAUACGAGAACACCGAUACGAUAUUUUAGAUACAUUUUGUAGAAUGCUUAUGCUUACAGUAUAUAUAUAUAUAUUUGUAAAAAGUUUGAUAGCUGUUAAUAACUGGAUGAUUGGCAAACGCAAGCAUAAAUUUCCAUUUACUUCCGUUGAAGACGAUCACGUGAUCAAAUGAUCUGGUAGAGCUUUUAACCUCUAGUCAAUGAAGUCGCACAAGCAUCCAUAUAAAUAUUUAGUUGAACGCUUACUUUCCUGUAGUCUUUAUGUGUGUGUAUAAAUAGUUGUUAACUCGUGUCGAUUCCAUACGGAGCAAUUAAAGUGUUAUUCAGUUAUUUGUUGCGCUAUAAAGCAAAA